CUCACGGUCAUUUUACAGAAACACCCUCAGCUAAUUCCCGACACAGCCUGCACUCCUCGUCUUCUCCGGUCGACACUCCGCCGCUCCGACACAGGCGCAUGGACGCCGGAGAUCCCCUGCUUCGCGCUACUCCCCUGCUCUCCCGCGCGUCCUCCGCCGCCGCCACAGCUGCCUCCUCCGCCGCUCCCUUCUGCCUCGCGCAGCCCCCCAGCCUCCCUUGCCUGCCUCCCGAAUCUUCCCUCUUUCACCCAAAAAAUUGUUUCUUCUUCCUCCCGCCGCGUCUCCUGCUCGCGGCCACCCCCUCCCUCCUAGCGUUGAUGGAAGAAGCAUGGCCGGCCCUCGGCCCGACGGCCUGCGACGCGGCCUUCCCACCCCCGCCCCGGCCCCCGUGGCGUGGGGCGCGGCGGAAGACGGUGGCCAAGGAAUCGUCCGCGCAGGCGGUGAGCAGAAUCGUGUCCAGCUGCGCCAACUCGAGCGGCCUGGCCGUGGCCGCCGUCGACGCCAACGCCGCCAUCUCAGGCGGCGCCGCGCUCGCCUCCACUGCGGGCCGGCUGGUCACGGUGCUCGAGGAGGUGUGCGACGACGCAGCACGCCGGAGGCUCGCGCUCCUGCCCACGCCCGUCGAGACCGUCGACCUAACCCCUGAGUUCGUCAAGAGAGGUCGACUGUUUACUUAAUCCAGCCUAGCACCUCGUACUGCUACUUUCAUUUGCUGAAUAGAGUAGGGCCAGCUUGAACCGUGUGCACCAGGAAGAAGACCAGCCCAAAGUUGAUGAAGGGAGACAGCCAACAGGAUGCCCUGCAAAUCAAUUUCGAGCAAGGAGGAGCAGCAGCAGCACAAGGAGCAACUCCUUACAGUAGCAGAGGCAGUCGCCGACAACAGCAGCAGAUGCAGUCGCCAACAGCAACAACUGGUCCGCGCGGACUCGAUCGGUCGGGCUGCAGCGGCAGAAGUAGGUGGCGGGCGAAGGUAGCGGCAGGUGGCAGACGGACGGCAGCGGCAGCAACAGGAUCCCGCCACCGGGGAAGACCCGCGUGGCCCUGCCUGACAAAGUCAGGGAGAGGGGAGCGGCGGCUGGGGUUGCUGCAGGCACGAGGAACCUGCGCCGGCGAGGAGAGCGACGACGAGGAGGCGCCCGUCGAGGAGGAUGCCGCCUUGGAGGAGCAGCUACAGUCGGGGUCGGGCUCCUCGGAGGAGCAGCCGCAGUCGGGGUCGGGCUCCUCGAUGAUGCAGGCGGCGCCGGCGCUGGAGGCGAUGAUGCUGCCCCGCUCGCCGGCCGUGCUCGAGCCCCUCAAUCCCCUCCUCGAGCCCCUCGAUCUCCUCCCUCCUCCGGGACACGGAUGUGCUGCUCCUGUCCCUCGACGACGCGGCCGUCCUCCUCGGCGAUCUCGUGGCCGACAGCGGUGGCGAAGUCCACGGGCAGGUCAGCGGGGCGGUGGGAGAGCGCGGCCAGGGCCUCGCUGUUGGGGAACGUAGCAGAAAUUCAAAAUUUUCCUACGAAUCACCAAGAUCUAUGUAUGGAGAAACCAGCAACGAGGGGAA